UCUGUUGUUUUGUUCGCUGACGAAGGCUUUCUGCCGACACGUUCGCUGUUUUGUUGCGUUUAUUUUUUCAGGUUUAACCCUGCUCUGUUUUACUCAUUUUAUUUUGUACUAACCUGAUUGCAGUCUCUCCCCUUAUUACCUAUAGCCACUCCGGUUUUAAUAACGAGAACUCUUCUAAAAGGAAAGUUAAAUAAUUUAUAUUUUAACAAGAAAUAAAUUUCCGGGAUUGCGUGUCUACCGAAGUAAACACUCAACAUGUGAGUAUGGUUGGUGCAAUAUUGCGACAAAUUAUACUUGCAUCAUUAUCGUUUUCGUUAUUUAAGUUAUAAUUUUAUUUUCUAAUUCCAGGUCCAAGGUUACAUUCAAGAUAACCCUGACUUCUGACUCAAAACUGCCUUAUAAAGUGUAAGUAUGAGAUGAGUGUCGCUUCGGCCAACGGCACGGCCCUGCCCUACGAGUACGAGACUACUUAAUUAUACAUUAUACUUUAUAUUAGUAGUAUUAGUUACUAUUUAUUAUACUAUACUAUAAACUAUUAUACUGUAAAUGUUGAGAGAGGAUGCCAUGAUUGGCCGCCAUCUUGGUUGAAUGAGAAGACCAGUUAAGUCUGUCACUAAAUCUAAAUAAAUGUAUCCCUAAACUCUAAACCUAACCUGAACCCUAAACUAAGCCUAAACCUAACCUUGAACCCUAAUUCACGACAACUUUAAUAAACAGGCAUAAGACGUCAUGUGGCAUGCACAAUUAGCAUUAAAAUUAUAAAAGUACUAUACUACUACUAUACAGUCCAGUUAGGUUUGGUUUGGCUUUAGUUUUAAUUAAAAACUUUUAAGAAUAACUAAUACUAAUACUAACAGUAACCUUCAUUAAGUAAGAAGAGCCUUCGCCUUCCUCAGCAGACAGGAUAAAUGAUCAAAUGAAGAAAUUACAAGACAUAGAGAGAAAAUAGUUAGUUCAUCUACUAACUACUAUUUCAACAUAAUUUAUCAAACAACACAAACAUUAAAAUGUUAACUUUUUGUGGAAAUAAAUUAUGAUUAAAGUUAUUUCAGUUCAGUGCAAGUUGUUUUAAUUAAGUUCUGCUUUGUUACAUGCCUCCCUCCUCAUACCCAUACAUCUUACAAAUAUGUGAAACACCCCCCCCCCGGCCUCCAUGCGUAACAUUAUUUAUGGAUGUCUUUUAAGUUAGUAGUGAAGUAAAUUAAAUACCACCAACACGAAACAAAAGUCUAGUUACAGUGAGAGGUCAGGUGUAAAUAUAUUUUGUUACACUUGAACGAAAUAUAUUUAAAAUUAAGAUAAAUUGGCCUGCCUAUUAACAUUAAGGUAAAAAUGUCAGUUUUCUAGGGGGAAAAAAGGCCAAAUAUUUAUUUGAAAAUGCAUUAUAUAAAUUUGAAUAAUACAAAUUUUAGGCUACAUACUACAUAUUUUCAUAUUUAAACAUCACUAAUCUUUUUAUGAAAAAUAAAUCAGGGUUCUCAGUCCAUAUUUUUUAAAUGCAUUGACUUGCAAGUGUAGUUUAUCAUAGAGAUCAAGAUAAUUUAUUUUAGUAUUAUGAUUUUUGUUUUUUUGGUCUGAAGACUUGAGAGUUUACACAAUCACAAUUUUUGAAGCGAUAGUGCCAAAAUUAUGGAACAGUUUGCCCCAAUGUUUGAGGGAAAUUGAAAAUGAUAAAAAAUCCAUAAGAAACAUUUAAAUACGGUACCUGUACUUUUUUCUUUAAAUAGAUUUAAGAAAAUCAGAGUGCUGUGAGCAUGCUAAAGUAGCAUGGAUACAAGCGCUAUAUAAAUAUUCAAUUCAAUGAAUCAUGCUCCUUGUCAAAAAAUUAAUUUUCUUGUUCAGAUUGUCUGUACCAGAAGUGGCCCCAUUCACAGCAGUUCUCAAAUUUGCAGCUGAAGAGGUAAUCUUGUGACAUGUAUUAACACAGGACUUUCCUAACCUUAGCAAUAGAGCUACACACAAUUCUGUACCACUACAAAAGUAAAAAUACAAGAUAAAUAAUUUUUUUUUAAAAAGGCACUUUAUAUUCAUUACCACUUUUUGUCACUCUUCCUGGUACACCUGUGAUCGGAAAACCUCAUUAUAGAUCAUACACCCCUUCUGGAGCACCCCAGGCUGGGAGACUCUGACAUAGAUGAUCAGUCUUAUAUUAUAAUAUAUAAUAUAAUAUAUUAUUACCUGUCAGCUGCUGACAAUCAUGUUAUUUUAUGGCUAGCUGGUAUCAGGCCAAAGGGCACAUGCCCAAAAGGCCACUUGAUCUGAAUGAUGAUUAUAUGGCUAACUUUGUAUAUGAUACAUUUGAUUACAAGAAUAUAUAUGUAUUUAUAUAUAUAUAUAUAUAUAUAUAUAUAUAUAUAUAUAUAUGUAUAUAUUGUGUGUAUAUAUAUAUAUAUAUAUAAGUAUAUAUAUAUAUAAUUUUUUUUAACUUGAUCUGAAUGAUGAUUAUAUGGCUAACUUUGUAUAUGAUACAUUUGAUUACAAGAAUAUAUAUGUAUUUAUAUAUAUAUAUAUAUAUAUAUAUAUAUAUAUAUAUAUAUGUAUAUAAUGUGUGUAUAUAUAUAUAUUUAUAUAAGUAUAUAUACAUAGAAUUUAUUUUAAAUGUUUGUUUAAAUUAUUAUUUUAAUUCUCAAUAUCUGAUGCCUAUCAAAGUUGGUGAUUUAGAUUGAAACACAAAUUUUAUAUGCCUCUUCAGAACUAUUAAAAUAACAUAAGUACAUUUUUUUUUACAGUUUAAAGUACCCGUAGCAACCAGUGCAAUUAUCACCAAUGAUGGAAUUGGAAUAAACCCAGCUCAGAGUGCUGGUUAGUCUUAGUUGUUACUAUAAAUGAACUUCUUGAUUCCUUUAAUGGUAAAUGCUCUGGCCAAGGCAUAAUAAAUUUUUGGCUGCCAUUUUAAGCAUAGAUGAGGUUGGAAAUUAAACUUAAAUGUUCUUCUUUGUUUUUCUGAAUUAUAAUCCAUUUUGAAGCUCAGAUGUAUCAUCUGUACUGUGUUGUCUUCAUUUUAUAAUAGCGAAUACAUUUAUUGGAAAAAGUGCUUUUAGACAUCAGAGUUACAGUUGUAUGCAAAGGGCAAUUAAUUUGGGCCAUGUAGGUUGUUCAACGGAGCUUUUAAAAAAACCUUAAACUACAAAAUCAGGUUACCAUCUCUGUAUUAAAAAAUUAAUUAUCAAUCUCAAAAGAAUAUAUAAUUAAUUUUGCACACGACCCCUAUCAGCCGUUUUGGUUAUUUCAGAACACCCUCUUUAUUCAAUUAUAUUUACAUUUAACUGGCUCAGACUGACAUAGUUUUUCAAAACUAAACACCUGAAGCAGCCACUGUAGCAUGUUUCCCAUUUAUUAUCUUUGUAAUAUUAUAUAUAUUUUAGUAUUUAAAUCUGUGUUUACUUUGAGGGUUAUGGACUGGUUUAAUUUGUAAUGAAAAUUCACUACCCCCACCCAUACUUCUCUCUUUUCAGGCAAUGUCUUUCUCAAGCAUGGAUCAGAACUGAGGUUGAUACCACGUGAUCGUGUAGGAUCUUAUCAUUGACGCAACUAAUAAUAUUUUUAGUUUGUAAUUAAUUUAUUCAAAAGAUAAUGGAUAAAAAUUCAUAACAUCAUUCAGUUCGUGUUUAGGAGGUCAUAAAAAAAUAUUCUAACUUAUUUUACCAUUAAAUAGAAAUCAUAUUUAAUUUUAAAGCCUCUGUAAAAUUUUGCAUUUAUUAAAUUUGAGAGAAAGUUUUUUUUAAAAAUGAAUUCAGACUCUGGAUCAGAGCCAUUUCAAAUGAAUGAAUACUUUAAAAAAUACUUUUGAGCAAUAAGUUGAAUUUUUAAGUUUACUGGAGAAUGACACUUGUACAUUUGUUUAAAGAAAUGUUCAACUGUAAUAUAAAAUAUCUCUGUAACCCUCGCCCAAUACUUUUUUUUUUUUUUUAAUAAGGGAAGGAAUACUGUAAGAAUAUUUUUUAGCAUUAUUGGACAUGUAAACAUUGACACAUUUAUAAUUUAUCUUCUAGUCUGGAUCUUUAACCUUUUCGUUACCCAUGAUGUCAAUGCGACAUCAGGAUCACCCACUUUCAAUUACCAAGGAUGUCACAUUGUUGUCAUAACAAAGAGGCAAAGAACUUUUCUGAAAUACCAAGGAUGUCACGUUGACGUCAUUUUUCAAUUCUAUAUAUUUCUUUAUUCGUUAAACUAUAGAGAAGUUAAUAAGCAAAUCAGAUAGAGAAUAAAAAAUACCGGAAAUUUUGUCUAUUUAAGUUUUUUUUUUAUUAUAUAUUUUUUUUUUUUUAAAGCUGAAUCAGCAAAUAUCGAUGCCCAAAACCAGCGGUAAUGAAAGGGUUCAAAGAAAAUUUAUUAUGACAAUUUUUUUUUUGUAAGUUAGGGGCAUUGUCAAAUGCAAUGUGUUAGUGUUCAAAUUGUAAAAUCCAGUUAAACUAACAGUAAAAAAAAAAAUUAAUGCAUACAAUUGUAAAGUUGGUACUAUUGUCACCUCUCAUGUAUUGUUUGUUUUAAAAAUUGCUAUAAAUAUGAAAUAAGUAUGGAUGUUGACUGAGGCUGUGAGUGAGGUGCUGGGUUAAGGUAAGAAUGAUGUGAAAAAGGUUUUGUAUGUAUUUUAGCGUUAUCUAUGCUUCCCCCCACCGGCAACACCAUAAACAUGGUACGGACAUGGGCUGUUCCAAUUAUAACCUGUGUUGGCCACCAUUUCUGUGAUGUAUAUAUGGGGAAAGUAUAUAUAUUGGAAAGUAAUGAGAUGCUGUUAAAGCUCAAGAGCAGUUGGUGCCACUUAAAUGUUUUCCUUGUGAGUGUUGGGUGUGGUUUCCAUGUCAAGUUCACUGGCUCAUUGAUUUUUAAUGAUGGCUAUAAUUCAAUUGUUUUGACAUAAAUUAAAUAAUGCAUGUUAUGGUUAAUGUUGUUUGGUGAGUUGAGGGAACACAAGGCUUUAGGUUUUCAGGUGUGCAUUGAAUUUAGAAUUAUUUUCUUUAGUCAGUCAACCAUAAAAAGAAUUGAUUAUUCCAGGGAGACGUAAAUAAUAUCUUAAUCAAAAUGGAGAUCCAUAAUUUAUACAAAAUUGACAACAUACCACAUGAAAUGGAUAUAUUUUUUUUUUAUUAACAUUUAGGUUUGUCUCAAAUUAUUAAAGAAAAUGAUAAUUGUGCUUUUAUUAUG